AUGGCUGAUUUCAAAUGGGAGGUGGGUUCCUACUUUAGUUCAAAGGAUGAUUUCAAAGAGGCAAUCACAUCAUAUGCUGUUCACAAUGGAAGAAACCUAAAGUUUACCAAAAAUGAUAAGGUAAGAGUGAGGGUAAAGUGUAAGGAUGGAUGUGAUUGGGAAGCCUAUUGUGCCAAAUCCUCAAGGGAAGCAACUUGGAAAUUAAGGAAGGUGAAUGAUGUACAUAGUUGCAGUAGGGAUUAUAAUGUGAAAAUGAUGACUACCAAGUGGCUGAGCAAGAGGUUACAAAACUCCUUAAAAACCAAUCCUAGGAUGAAAAUCAAAGAUAUCAAGGCAAAGGCACAAAAGAAAUGGAAUGUAGGUGUGAACAAAACCAAAGCAAUUAGGGCAAGGGUUAAAGCAAGAGAUAUGGUUGAUGGGUCAUUCCUAGGGGAUUACACUAGAAUCUAUGAUUAUUAUCAUGAAUUGCUAAGAAAAAAUCCAGGUUCCACAGUGAAGGUUGGUGUUGAACCAUCUCAAGAAGGCUCACAAAAUCAUUUUCCAUACUUCAAAAGGUUGUAUAUAUGCCUUGCAGCAUGUAAGCAAAGUUUUAAGUUUUCUAGGCAUGUAAUAGGGUUGGAUGGUUGUUUUCUAAAGGGGCUACGUGGAGGGCAAAUACUAGCUGUUAUAGGUAGGGAUCCAAAUGAUCAAAUGCUACCUAUAGCAUUUGCAGUGGUAGAAGGAGAAAAUAGGGACAGUUGGACAUGGUUCUUGGAGUUAUUGAUUGAUGACCUUGGUGGAAAAAAUGAGUGCCUCACAUACACCUUCAUGUCAGACCAGCAAAAGGGAUUAUUGCCAGCCAUGGAUGAACUGUUGCCCAAUGUAGAGCAAAGAUUAUGUGUCAGGCACUUGUACAACAAUUUCAGGAAAAGAUAUCCUGGGAAGAUGCUUAAGGAAAUAAUUUGGAGGGCUGCUAAGGCUACUUAUGCUCAGGCCUAG